AUGUCAUCGCAAGAUACCUCCGCAGCCCUCGUGGCGACGACAACGGUUAUCUCAACCGUCGUCUUUCUCGUCGUUGCUCGUGCUCUUCUCUAUCCCGUUCAGCCAAAGACGAUUCGUAACCCGCUCAAGUUGGGCGUUUAUGAUAAACCUAAUGCUGAUAAGGUGAAGAAUCUCGUGUAUCAACGUGAUCAGUUCCCUGGUGCUCGAGAUGUUGAGACCCCAUAUGGAAGUAUCCGCGUCUAUGAAUUCGGCCCCGAGGAUGGAGAGAAGGUCUUUUUUGUCCAUGGCAUUAGUACACCGUGCAUUACCCUCGCUCCCAUAGCCCUCGCACUCUCCAAGGGCGGCUACCGUGUGAUGCUUUUUGAUCUUUUUGGCCGUGGCUUCUCAGAUGGUGUCGCUGAUAUCCCCCACGAUGCUCGUCUCUACGUCUCUCAGAUGCUUCUCGUUCUAGCAUCCAGCCCCCUGGCUUGGACUGGCACGAAUGCGUUCCGGCUUGUGGGCUAUUCUCUCGGCGGCGGUAUCGCCAUUCACUUCGCAAAUGCUUUUCCACAUCUAGUGCGUGAUCUUGUUCUCCUCGCUCCUGCAGGACUCAUCCGUGCCGCCUCCUUUGGCCGUGUCUCCCGCUUUCUUUUCGUCUCUGGGCUCGUCCCUGAGCGUCUUCUGGCUAUAGCAACACGUCGUCGCCUUCAGAGACCUAUCGCUGCCUCGGCAAGGCCAUCUCCUGCGGCACCCGUCGAGUCCGUCACCACACCACCGCUCAACGUCGUCGAGGCAGAAGUGACUCCAGCCUCAGGCAAAGCCGUCACGCCAUUGGAACAACGCGUUAUGGAGUACGUGCGAUGGAUGGUUACAAACCACCAUGGCUUCGUCCCAGCCUUCAUGUCGAGCAUUCGGUUUGCGCCUCUCAUGGAUCAGCAUGAGGCAUGGGCCAAAUUGGCUAAACGAGCACCUGGUACCACAGCUAUUCUGUUGGCUAGGACUGAUGAGAUUAUCAACCCAGAUGAUUAUCGUCGCGAUGCAUUGUCUCUUAUUGGUGGCGAACAGCAUGUGCGCUGGCGUGUUCUGCCAGGUAGCCACGAUUUUGUCAUGACUCACCCUCAAGACAUUCUAAGAGAGAUUCAAGACAUGUGGAGGGCUUGA